UAAACAAAUAGUUUAAAGUUAAAACGAGUUGCUUUUAUGAAAGUGCUGAAUAUAAUAUAAAUAAUUUAUAAUAAACUAUUAUUAUUAUUUAUUUAUAUUAUUAUUGUUUAUUUAAAGUGCGCGUUUUGCAACACUGCAAUGCCGGUGUGCAACAGCUGAGAGCUGACAUUGUCACUGGAAUUGUUUGUGUUUGGCUCACAAAAAAUUGGCGGAAAUUAGAUAAAUCAAACAAUAAAUACAAUGAGUCGCAGCGAGCAGACUUUCGAGGAUUUGAAGUCGUACUUUCGAAAUCAUAGCAAAGUACGCGAACAGCGGCCACAUACCGCAAAGGUUCAUUCGGUUUGCUGGAGCGCAAAUGGUGGCCAUUUGGCGUCUGGUUCGUUUGACCGGACCGUCGCCGUGUACGCCUUGGAGCGCGAUCGUUUCGUCAAAAAUAAUGUAUUCCGGGGACACACAGCCUCCGUGGAUCAAUUGUGCUGGCACAACACGCAUCCGGAUCAAUUUGCCACCGCCAGCGGCGAUAAAACGAUGCGCAUCUGGGAUAUACGAGUCGCCAAAUGUGUUUCCGUUACAAAUACCAAGGGAGAGAAUAUAAAUAUUGCCUGGUCACCGGAUGGCAAAACGAUUGCCGUGGGCAACAAGGAGGACUUAAUCACAUUCAUCGAUACGCGCACAAACAAAAUCCGUGUGGAGGAACCGUUUAGCUUCGAAGUGAACGAGAUCUCGUGGAACAAUACCAACGAUCUGUUCUUUCUGACCAAUGGCCUGGGCUGCAUUCAUGUGUUGAACUAUCCCAGCCUGGAUCACCAAUUAACGAUUAAGGCACACACAGCCAAUUGCAUAUGCAUCGAAUUCGGACUUACUGGUAAAUACUUUGCGGCUGGUUCGGCGGAUGCGCAGGUUUCGCUGUGGGAUGCCAAUGAGCUGUCGUGUCUGCGCAUGAUUAGUCGCUUGGAUUGGCCGGUUCGGACGCUAUCCUUUAGCCACGAUGAGCGACUGAUUGCGUCGGCUAGCGAGGAUCUCUUUAUUGACAUUGCGUACACAGAGACCGGCGAGCGGGUGACCGAUGUGCAUGUUGACGCCGCCACCUUCACCGUUGCGUGGCAUCCCAAACAGUAUCUGCUCGCCUACGGCUGUGACGAGAAGGAGAUCAUCGGCGAUAGACGACGCGAGGUGGGCAAUGUCAAAAUCUUUGGCUUUUCCGAACUGUCCAAUUGAAAUACAUAAAGUAAAAUAAGAAUUUCUUUUUUUGAUUUUAAUCAUCAUUCAUUCAAUCAAAUUCAUCUCAAGCUAAAUAAUGUAAAUGCUAAGUGAGCUAAGUGUAGCUUAAAUAAAAAUGUAACAAUUGCAUACAAAAAAACAGUUUGUCAUGUGCAGGAUUAAAG